AUGUUUACCAAAGAACAACAAAUUUAUUAUAAAGAAAUAACCGAAGCAUGUGUGGGGUCUGAAGAACAAAAACGUACAGAAGCUAUCGCUAGUCUAACAACAGAAACUGGUCUUCAUCAAAUUUUACCUCGUCUUGUUUUAUUUAUUUCCGAAGGUGUUAAAAUAAAUUUAAUGCAAUAUAAUCUAGCUAUAUUGAUUUAUUUAAUGCGUAUGACAAGUGCAUUGCUUGAAAACAAAUCUUUAUAUUGUGAAAAAUAUCUUCAUCAAUUAUUUCCAGCUAUAAUGUCAUGUAUUCUAGCAAAACAACAUUGUGCUAGACCUGAUACAGAAAAUCAUUGGGCAUUACGUGAUUAUGCUGCAUCACGUUGUGCUCAAAUGGUCAAAAUGUUUUCAGCUAAUAUUCAUGGUUUACGUAAUCGUAUUGUACGAAUUUUUUUAAGUACAUUUCGUAGUGAACGUUUACCACUGGUUACACAUUAUGGAGCACUUGUUGGUUUAUGUGAAAUGGGUCAAGAAACAAUUGAAGAAUUAGUAUUUCCUAUAAUACGUCCACUUGGUGAUCGAGUUAUAAAAUCACUUGAAAAUACUUCAUUAUCUCCUAUUGAUAAAAUAACAAUUGAUCGUAUUAAUGGUGUUAUAUCUAAAUAUAUUCCAAUUGCAUAUCGUACAUCACGAUCAUCACCAGAUGAUCUUGAACAUUUUAAACAUGAAUUUGGUAGUUUUUAUGGACAUCGUUUACAUACACAUGUCAUUCAACUUCGUCAACAAUCAAGAUCAGGAUCGUCACAACCUACACACAAUCGACAAUUUUCUCCAUCAUCUGCUUCAAAUUCUCGUCCAUCAAAAAUACUAUCUGGUCAAGCAUCUCCAUCAUCACAUCAUCAAAAUCCUGGUUCACUGACUCCAUCACGAUCUCCUGUUCGUCCGAUGAAUCCAUCAUCAUCAAAACACCAUUCUCAAUCAUCGACUGCUUCAUUGACACCAGCAAAUAGUCAUGAAAAUGUUAUUUUAUAA